GAACUUUGCUUAAGCUGUCAAAAUUCGACGAGGCAUUGUGUGCUGCGGACCGAGGACGAGCCCAGGCCUUGUUAGAUCUCAUCAAAUUUCGAUAUGGCUCCCAACUGUCGGUUUCUGGAUCAGUUGAGGCUAAGUCUGGGAUCUCAGAAAUGAUCGGUGAUGUGUCUGCUCCGACCCUUUUCGUUUCACUGGAAGGAAACACAAUUAAUCUGUGGGUAAUCAACAAACACAAAAAUAUACAUUUUACACAGAAAGUAGUGGAAUAUCUUUUUGGAAAUGUGACCAACUAUUUGAAGAGUUUAAGGAAGAAGGCUUAUGAAGAGGUACGAGGAAGAUACCGGGUAAUCUGGGAAAACCGCACAUUUGACGAGGCAAGCACUGAACAAGAACUGCCACCUGCCGAGGAAAGAGGUGAAGAAACAGUAAACCCAGCACAGUCUGACGAGAAUCCUUUGCGUCUCUUGCAUGAGUGCAUCAUAAGUCCCAUUACAAAUUUCAUCGAAGAUGGAGAGUUGGUUGUCGUUCCUGAUGGUCCACUUUGGCUCGCCCCUUUAGCUGCCUUGCUGGAUUCCGAGUCAAAGUACCUCAGUGAAUCCACGAGGAUAAGGUUUCUACCGUCACUGAUGUGCAUGAAACUGAUCGACGCCUCUCCGGAAGAAUAUCACCAGAAGAGCGGGGCAUUACUCGUAGGAGAGCCGUGUCUAGAAGAGUUUACCACCUUACUCGGAGAGAACAAGUUUUCACCUUUGCCCUUCGCUAAAAAGGAAGUGGAGAUGAUUGGAGAAAUGCUUAACGUCCGGCCACUCACUGAAAAAGAAGCAACCAAGCCUGAAGUGCUGAAAAGAAUCGGCUCGGUUGCUGUGGUGCACUUAGCUGCGCACGGAAAAAUCGACACUGGCGAGAUUGCAUUAGCUCCCAAUCCAGAACGAAAAUGCGAAAGACCAGAAGAACAAGAUUUUAGGUUAACAAUUUCCGAUGUACAAGCAGCGAAGUUGCGCGCAAAGCUUGUUGUGUUAAGUUGUUGUCACAGUGCACAAGGUGAGGUGUCAAGUGAGGGUGUGGUCGCCAUUGCACGAGCUUUUCUCGGUGCUGGUGCUCGUUCUGUUCUGGUCGCACUCUGGGCAAUUGGUGACGAGGCCACCAUGGAGUUUAUGAGAGGCUUCUACCAACAUCUGAAGAAUGGAAACAGCGCCAAUGUGUCACUCAACCGGGCCAUGAAAUGUCUGCGAGAAACAGAAGAGUUUAACGCACCGCGUUUCUGGGCCCCGUUUGUUCUCAUUGGCGAUGAGGUCACAGUAGAUUUUGAACAAAUCAGUAAAGAAUCGUAA